AUGCAAGUGGUUCGGGAAACCCUUCUAAGAAACCCCAAAUUGGUCAAGAAUAUUCGGUCGAUAAUUAUUCUGGAUGUCAGUAGCGAUGAGUUCUUGCAACACUUACAAGAUGCCGCUGACGUCAAUGAACAGUUGAUGUCCGCUCUAAAAGAGCUCUUAAUGACUUUGAAAGUCAAAUACGCUGGAUCGAAGGAUGCUGUAUUGAAUUUAAACAUAUCCCAGUUGAAGUACCCACUAUACCACUGGGAAGAGGCCCUUUACCUAGCAACUGAAGAGGUUGACUUCCCACAGGAGAUUUACAUUACAAUGCAAGGCGAGACAAAUCGCAAUAAAUACUCUGAAGACAACCGUAUGCUACUUAAAUUCAUCAAAACGCUAGAGAUAGGCAAACGGCAAGCGAUGGAAUCAAUUCUCGAAGAGGAUUACGAACUUUUACUAAAAAAAACUAUCAUGACCAUAAUACAUCAGUACGAUAUCACAGAGGAUCAAUUAGAACUACUCCUGGCUGAGACCCAUAACUUGGCUCAAUUUCUAGGGCACUGUGAAGAGCAUUCAACUUAA